AGCUUCCUCAGCUUUAUUUAUUUAUUUUUCCAUAUUGAUGAAUUAGUAUAAAUAGGCUUACAAGCCUAGCUAGUAAAUGGAACUAGCCAAAAUAGUUACUUCUAUCAACAACCAUUUUCAACAAACAACAGUCAUACGUACAAGAUGAAUUCCUCUGAUCAACAAAUGAAUAGCAUCACUUACAUGGAACCAAAAUUGUACAAAGCUGCAGAAGCAGGCAACAUCAACCCAUUUAAGGAUCGUCUUCCAACUUCUCUCAUUGAGCUAUUGACUCCACAAAACAACACAAUUCUUCAUGUUUACUUAGACAACCAACGUACAGAAUCAGAAUCCACUGAUUUUGUUGGCCAAAUUAUUGAUAUGUGUCCACAACUGCUAUUGCAAGCCAAUACUAAAGGCGAAACCCCACUACAUUUUGCGGCAAGAUAUGGGCAUUCCAAUGCAGUGAAAGUCUUGAUUGACCGCGCAAAAAAUCUAGCUAUAGAUCCUGAGAACGGGCUAGCAGAAAUAAAGAAGAUGUUGAGGAUGACGAAUGAAGAGAGAGAUACAGCGUUGCAUGUUGCAGCUCGAAAUAUCCAAGCCCGAGUGGUGAAAAGAUUGACAAAAGUGGACCCUGAGUUUUCAUAUUCCGCCAAUGUUCAUGGAGAAACUCCACUUUAUAUUGCUGCCAAUAUGAGGUUUAAGAAUUGGAGGUUUACAAGACAUGAAGAAAAUAGAAAAAAAGUGAUCGACGAAAUCUUGAGUAAUUGCGAGUCAGUGGAAUAUUGUGGUUCUCAUGGCAGAACCGCACUACACGCGGCAGCCAUGCAUGGUGAUCAUGAGACAGCAAGAAAGAUAUUAAAAAGAGACGCGAGUUUGACGAGAAGAACCGACGAUGACGGGUGGUCACCACUUCACUACGCUGCCUUUUUCCCUAAUUUAUCUCAUGGUGUGCCAACAGUAAAAGUACUACUAAAACAUGAUGUGUCCGCAGCCUACAUUGUUGAUUCAGAGAAGAGAACAGCCCUUCACUUGGCCGUCGUUCGAGGCAAUAUCGCAGCAAUGAAAGAGAUUAUGAUCACUUGUCCAGCUUGUUGUGAACUAGUAGAUAGCAGAGGUUGGAAUGCCCUUCACUAUGCUGCCAUAACUCUAAAAGGAGCACUUACAGCUAUGUAUUUCCCUCGACGGAUUCCUAAAUUUGACAAACUUAUAUACGAGAAGGAUAACGAUGGAAACACACCAUUGCAUCUAUUUGCUGCUUUCGGCAGUUAUCCCCAGAAGUUUUUGAGUAGUCAUUGGAGACAUGCGUACAAGAAGAUGUGUGGCCUUAACAAGCAAAACCUCAGCGUUGAUGACAUCUUGGUAGGAAAUUUUCCUGAAGAAAAGAAAAAGAUUUUGGAAUCAUUGAAAGAUGUACGGAGUGGACCGCUUCAACGGCCCAUAGCUAUGAUGAAAGAAGAGGACCUCUCUAUUACUGAGAGAGGAAUCGAGGCUCAUAUAGUUGUAGCGGCACUCGUAGCAACAGUAACAUUUGCAGCUGCUUUCACCAUGCCUGGCGGUUACAAGAACGAACAAGGCACUGCAGUUCUUAUUAAAAAAGCUGUUUUUGCAGUCUUUGUUAUAUCAGAUGCAAUAGCAAUGGUUCUCUCAACUUCUGCUCUCUGCAUGCACCUUUAUUGGGCACAGCUUGGAAAAAGAGGUCAAGUGGAAGAGGAUUUAAAACAAUACUUCUCUUAUUGGACAUCUACUUUAAUCAUACUUGCCAUACAGGCAAUGGUCAUCGCAUUCAUCGCAGGAAGUUGGGCAGUGCUAGCUCCAUCAUUUUGGCUUGUAAACACGAUUGGUUUCAUUGGUUUAGCCUUCUCAUUCUUUACGUCCAAGGCAAGCAUAGAUCAAUUACGCAACUGUAUAAAAUACUGAAAAUAAACACUUCACAGCAGAUUUUAUAUAUUAUAACUAAAUUUAUUUUCAAUUAGAUUUUAAAUAAAUUAUUUAUAUCGAAACUGAUGUAUAUGGUAAAAAAAUAAUAUAAAGAAUCAUUGAUAUUUUUACAA